CAGCACUCCACAGCGGCCGGCACAUGGGAAGGAGAACGCGCCCCCAAGGCAGAAGAUGAGGAAGAUGGAAGAAGAGCAACACAAGCCCCAUUCUGUCAUCUUCUAUGGUGAAUAUGCCCUUGGGGACCCCAGGGAGGUUACUUGUGACCGAGCCACAACAGUGGCAGAGCUUCUGCCUCGGGACCUGGAGAACAAUCAGGAGAAAGAUCUGGUCCUUGUGGGACAGAAACAUCUGACGGGCAUGGUGGCAGCUCAUAUGCCUUGUUCCUUUAUCCAAGAGGGUGAGAGCUUCCAACUAGAGCACAUUCCCGCUGUAAAAAGUGAAUCUCGCAUCAUUUCCCACUCUGCCAAACCCCUGAAAAAUGGAAGAGGCCAAGGAGUUGUUUUCUACAUAAAACCUAAAGGCCAACAGAAGUCAAAAGUCAGGAAGGUGUUGCAAAACAACCACCUUCAUAAAAAAGACUGCAAAAUUUGUGUCUACGCGUUUGAAGCUGAGACGGUCAAGGAGGCUUUAGAAAGAGACGGCCGCUUCCUUCCUUGCGUGUUUGAGAAUUGCUGUAAACUUUCGGAGCUACUCACGGCAAAAACUGUGGAGCUGUCCUCUCGAGUGGACAAGCUGGAUGGCAGAGUAUUCACCCUGCUGCUAAUCGUGCCGAAUGGAGAGUCGCAACACCGGUCCACACAGUGUUGCCAGGAGACACCCACUGAAUCAAAGGCAAGGUUGCGGCCUGGGAACCCCACAAGGGACUUGGGUGACUCCACGGACCCGGCAGCUUGUCCUACAGCCACUCCUUCUUCUAGCAGCACAUGCAAAGACCAGUCCAAUCCUACUGCUCCUCAAAGCGUAAAGAAGAGGCGAUACCAAGCCAUUCCACAGUCCGAGGGGUUGCUCCAUGCUCUUCGAUCCCAGUUUGAAGGCCUCAUUCAGCAAUUAAAAAAGAGAGAGGGGAUAAGGAACUUUUCCCAGGUCGCGCGAAUAUUCAGAGAGGAAUAUGGGAAAAAUACAGAGAUUUUUUCGGAGGUGUGGAAGUCAAUGAUGCUGGACGAGCUCAGUUGUUCUGUCUGUCAGAUCUUCAUUGAGAAGUCUCCCACAGGCACAGGCUUCUGUCUCUUUGACUGCUUUAUCCUUACAAAUGCUCAUGUGGUUGAAAACAUCUUAUAUCCUCAAAGCAUGAAGCUGCUCAAGAAGGUAACCGUCACCUUCCAACACCUCGAAGCUGGCUGCCCUGGAGAGAUUUUGGGUACAAAAUCAGAGCUGCUGGCCUAUGACAGGGAUCUUGAUUAUAGUUUACUGGAGCUCCAGUCUGACACAGGUCUCCCAUCCCAGCUCCUUGGGAAAUUUGGCUCCCUUCCAAAGAGAGGGGGUAUUUGCAUCAUUGGCCAUCCUGACGGCGGGAUCAAAAAGAAGGAUAUAUGUUCAGUUAUUGAGCUCAACGAACGGAAGGCUGCAUCCUCAGACCACAUCGUGAGAAACUCUCGCUAUCUUCAAAUCUUUAACAAUUCUUACUUAGAGGAAAUUAAUUUCACAGCCCUAGAGAAUGAUCAGGAGAAGCUGACUUACAACACCUGCUUUUUUGAUGGCUCCUCUGGCUCCCCAGUUUUUGACGGAUAUGGCCGGCUAGUUGCCAUGCACACAGGGGGUUACUCUUACAGAACCCCUUCUGGGAAACAGCAGAGCAUUAUCGAGUAUGCAGUUUCCCUCUGGGCCAUCAUCAGCAGCAUUAUAAAACAGAUGAUUCACCAGGUGCGAGACAAUAGAAGGCCCAUCGGUGUUCUGAAACGGUUCAUGGAGGCAGCGGGUCACAACCCAGAGCUGUCAGUACUGCUGAAAGAAGCAGCAGCUCCAGAUGAGAUUCUGGAAGCCCUGAAGGGCCUAUGUCACCAACAUGGGCAGCUGGGAGAGUCGCUCUUCAGCACGUUUGAAGCCGAGUUCUCGCAAGAAGAUGUUGAUGCUUCUUUCAUUGUCGAUGCUUUCAGGAGGCUUCUUGAGGGCUGUGAUAAUUUGUCCAGUAACUCUUGUCCAACUGAGGGAGAGAUACUGCGAGAGGAAGAGAUGCAGAUGGAGGAAGAAGAGAACCAGGUGGAGAAGAGUCUCCAGACAGACAAAGAGAUCCAGCUGGAGGAGGUGAUCCAGACAGAUGAAGAGGUCCAGAUGGAGGAGGAGGAGGACCAGUCAGACGAAGAGAUCCAGGUGGAGGUGGCAAUCCAGCCAGAUGAAGAGAUCCAAUAGGAGGAGGACAUCCAGACAUAUGAAGAGAUCCAGAGAGACAAACAUGUUCUGACAAAGACAGAGCCAUUGCUUCUAAACACAGAUUUUGAAUGUUCAUCCUUGUCUGCUUUGUCCUUUGCUCUCCUGUGUUUUAUAUUCCUGCCACCUUACUCUCUCUCCCUGACACUUGAAGAUGAUGUAAGAGCCAAAACUUUGUGUUUCUUCUUUCUACUUUUCAGUGUGGAAUUAACCUUUACUUGUUCAUUUAAUGAUUUUCAUAGUCAUUGAUCUUUGACAUUCAAGAUUUCCUCCUGCUGGCCUUAUUUCAGAACUGCUGCCUUGUUAAAUAUAAUGCAGUUAAAUCCCUCAACAUUGUAAAUAGUGCUUUGGUGAUGGUGCUACCCUUGAAGAAUUAACUAAUGGAAAAACAAAUGAGAAACAACACUCAUCUGUAGCUGAACCAGCCAAAACAGAAAGUAAUUUCACUGAAAUCAUCAAUAGGAAAUCAUCCACUUUUCAAGGAAAGAUCAAAUGCUGUGAUUAUGAUACCAAAUGACUUUUGCACAUUUUAUCUUCGAGACAACUUGACUGGAGGAAAACAAGCUUAUGAGCUCUAGUGAGAAACCUGGAUAAUGUGUCCUCAAACUGUCCCAGGUUCUCAUGUUACUCUACAUUGAUUACCUACUGUAUGAAUUACACAGUGGAGUCCAGGAUCUGAAUGUCAACGUCACUUGAAAUAAUGCCUCCAUUCUGUGUCUGAGGGACAUUCACCAAACUUGCACUCCCUGUUUGUGCCUUAUGGUGUUCAGCUGCUGGGGUCCGUCCGGCUUGUGCCAGCCCAGUUUUCCUGUCAUUGUCCACAAAAGUCAUUAAGUCUGUAAAUAUUGACACCUUUCUUUCUUUCUUGCGCAAGCUGUUACCUAUAGUCUUUUCUGCAUUUGAUAGAAGGAGAUCUACAGAUUGGGGACCUACACAGAUUCCUCGUUUUACAAUCGUCUGAAAAUUAGUUCAGUUAAAAUGAUUAAAGGCAACAAUUAAGAUAAGAUAAGAUGACUCUAUUAGCCCUAUACAAUUUCUUGCAUUAGGAAUUAGUCUUUUCGCAUACCCCAACCCCAGCUCAGGGUGUUUAGAUAUGUGACAUAGGAUAAUAUAUAUUAAUAAUAGUGAAAAAAAUUAUAUAUAAAGUUCACAUACUGUAUCAGCGUUUAUUACAACACAUAGUACCGAUUCAAUAUACAGUUUAAAGGAUUUAAGGACAGAAGAUGAAAGGGAAGUCUAAGCGGCACUAUUUGACAGCGAGGGAUAAUGGCGAAAGCUCAUGGAUGAGAGGGGACGUUUUUUCGAUCAAAGUAUUACACAUAUCUAGUCCGCUUUUCUUUUUGUUGUUUUUAGACAGCUUGGGGGUAGCAACUAAGGGCGUUGUCGUGCCUUGUCAAGGCGUAUCAGGACUUACUGUCGGUGUAGGGCAAAAUCGUUAUCAAAGAGCACAUUAUAAAAAAUGAGCCUAGCACGUUACAAAACUCACAAACAUUGUACUGUCUCAUGCUGUCAUACUGUUAUGCUAUAAUUAUGAAAUAUGCCACAUUCUUUGAGAGCCAAGGAUCACGUUAUAGCAGAAAUGAAAUUCAUAGUUCUGUUCUUAAUGUGAAAGGGGGACUGCAGUCCAUAUUUCGCAGACUGGUUAUUAAAUCUCAGUAACAAAAUAAAUGCGUUGAUUAGGAGAAAUGACAAAUUUUGAAUUUAGCACAAAGUGGUGAAUUUUGUGAAAGUACCGUAUAGUGGCCAUGUUGUCGAGAGCUAGCGAGAAUUGUGACGUGAUGUGGCUCUUCCUGCUCACUAGUCACUGUAAUGAUUAAUGUAAUGUGAUGUACUAGUGAAUGAAUAUGGGUUGUGCAG